GCAGAUGUACAGAUGCGAAGAAUGUGACGAGCUCUUCUCCUCGACGCUGGAGUUGCGGCGGCACCAGAAGUAUUCGUGCUCCAGUGCUUUCGGCGCCCUGCAGGAGGACUUCAAACAGGAACGCGAGGACAGCGACGAGCCCGUCCACGAGUGUAAAGACUGUGAGAAGAUCUUCCCCAAUGAGUACAGUCUGGGCCAACACAUGAUCGUCCACACAGAGGAGGAGUACAAGUGCGACCAGUGUCCCAAAGCCUUCAACUGGAAGUCCAACCUCAUCCGUCACCAGAUGUCACAUGACAGUGGCAAGCGCUUUGAGUGUGAAAACUGUGAUAAGGUACAGCUACCCGGCACGUGUUCAACAGAUCCCAGCAACCUUCAGCGCCAUCGCUCCCAACACGUGGGGGCUCGAGCUCAUACGUGUCCUGAGUGUGGCAAGACUUUUGCCACCUCAUCAGGCCUCAAGCAGCAUAAGCACAUCCACAGCAGUGUCAAACCUUUUAUCUGCGAGGUGUGCCACAAAUCCUACACCCAGUUCUCCAACCUCUGUCGUCACAAGCGUAUGCAUGCUGACUGCCGCACUCAGAUCAAGUGUAAGGACUGCGGGCAGUUGUUCAGCACUACCUCCUCCCUCAACAAACAUCGUCGCUUCUGCGAGGGCAAAAACCAUUACGGUUUCUCCGGCGGGGAUGUUCAACCCUGGCAUCCCAUGAGCUCCAGCCCCAUCAUGGCCAAGGCCAAGUCCCACCAUCCCCAUCUUCCAGGACUAAACCAGUCAGGUCUAGGCUUCACUGACUACUUUCCCUCCAGACCUCAUCCUCAUGCUGGCUUGCCUUUCUCUCCGGGACCCCACGGCUUCCCCUCACUCCCACACGGUUUCCCUGGUAUCUUCCCUCCAUCACUGUACCCACGGCCGACUUUAUUGCCCACAAGCCCGUUGCUAAAGAGCCCCCUAGGAAGCAGCAGCCAGGAGGUAAAGCUGCCUCGGAGUCCAUUAGACGCCCCUCCACUUUCCCUGGUUACGUCCACAAACAGCAAUGGAGGAAACAGCCUGAGUCAGGGGGAGGACAAAGAAAAAGACAGCAAACUGGAUUUGUCUUUGAGUGGAGAAGCAAAGCCAAAAUCUAAGAUGGCAGACAUGUCUGAUGGCAGCGACCUCGAAGACGUCAAUACCACCAGCGGGACGGAUUUGGACACGACCACUGGCACUGCUUCAGGUGAUGGUUCGGACCUCGAGAGCGACGGAGAAAGUGAACGUGAGCGAAGUGGUAAAAGAAGGAAGCCAUCCGGGGCGGUGUCGAGUCAAGAAGGCAGUCAGGAACCUCACUGUUGAUCGUCCUUUUCUUCAUCUGCAUCAUCCCAGCCCUCGUCUUUCCCACCACCUGAUGAGCAAAGCCCUCCCGCCCACUCUACCAAUGCUAACGCAGCCACCACAGAUUCCAUCAAAGCCAUUGCUUCAAUUGCUGAGAAAUAUUUUGGUCCAGGUUUGAUGUCUUCAUCAGGAAAAGAAGAUGGGUCCUUUGCCCUACAUUCUAUGUUCCCCUUCCAGUUCCUGCCCAACUUCCACAACUCCCUCUAUCCUUUCAGCAGUGAUCGGGCUGCCCUCAAUCCUAGCAUGUUUUUCAAGACAGAACCCAAAUCACCUCGUGAGCAGCUGCACAAGAUGGUUUCAGGUGGACCUGGACCUCUUACACCAACAGGAGAGUCACCAUUCGAUCUCACUACAAAACACAAGGAGACCAAGUUAACACCUCCCGCCCCAACAAAACCCGUCAAACACCAAUACAGCGAAGAGCAGCCACUGGACCUCAGCAUUGGCAGCCGGAGCCGAGGUGUCAUAACGGUGUGGCAGCUGAGCCACAAAAUCGCAAAAAACCACAUCUACGGAGUUGGAAAGGGCAUCUCCCCCAAGGAUGAAACCCCAGCUGGGUUUCCACAGCCGCCGCCACUGCACUACGCCAAACCUCCAGCGUUCUUCAUGGACCCCAUAUACAGGGUGGAGAAGAGGAAGCUACUCGAUCCAGUAGGAGCUCUGAAGGAGAAGUUCCUCCGGCCUUCGCCACCGCUCUUCCAUCCUCAGAUGUCAGCUAUGGAGAACAUGACGGAGAAGCUGGAGAGUUUCGGAGCCCUCAAACUGGACGGACCGCCCAAUUCGCUGCAACACUCAGCCCAUCCACUGUUCAACUUCCGCUCACCGCCGCCGUCGCUGUCGGACGCCAUCCUCCGCAAAGGCAAGGAACGCUACGCCUGCAGGUACUGCGGGAAAAUCUUUCCUCGAUCGGCAAACCUCACCAGACACUUGCGGACACACACGGGCGAACAACCAUACAGGUGUAAAUACUGUGACCGUUCAUUUAGCAUCUCAUCCAACCUUCAACGCCACGUCCGCAACAUCCACAACAAGGAGAAACCCUUCAAGUGUCACCUGUGCAACCGCUGCUUCGGUCAGCAGACCAACCUGGACCGCCAUCUCAAGAAGCACGAGCACGAGAACAUUCCUGUGAGCCAACAGUCCGGGAUGCUUUCCAACCUGGGAACCACCAUCUCCUCGCCAAACUCCGAGCCAGACAAUCAUGCACUUUUAGACGAGAAGGAAGACUCGUACUUCUCCGAAAUCCGCAACUUCAUUUCCAACAGUGAGAUGAACCAGGCCUCCAGCUCUACGGAUAAGAGAUCAGACCAAGCUGAGGAGGAGCGUCCACCGAGCCACAGUUUGUCCAACUCCAAGUUGGGUCUCCAGGGCCUGGAGGAAGAAGAGGAGGAGGUGGAGGGCGACGAUGAGGAGGAGGAGGAAGGCAGCCUGACGGAGAAGUCUCACGAUGAAGCGCCCGAGUCCCCGUCUCCGGUCACGACAGGAGCGUAUGAGGAGGAUGAGGAGGAGGAAGAGGCGGCUCCAUUAGCAAUGAGCUACGAACACACUCGCAGGUGUAUAGAGGAGGAGGGCUCUCUCUUGGACCUGGAGGGUCUGCCCAGCUUUCCCAAGAGCCUGGACGGGUUACGUAAAGCAGCCAGCGAAGAGCAGCCCUUUGACGUUAAAGACAUAUUUAACACUUCACUAGAGUCGGAGGCGUUGAAAGAGACAUUGUACAGACAGGCUAAAACACAGGCUUAUGCAAUGAUGCUGUCUCUGUCUGAGAACAACCCUUUGCACGUGCCCUCCCAGAACUCUCUGGACGCUUGGCUGAGCAUGGGAGGUGGACCGUCCGAGACGAGCAGCUUUCACCCACUCAACCACAUCUAGAAGCAGAGAGGAAGAGGAAGAGGGAGGAAGAGGAGGAGGAGGAGCAGGAGGAGGAACUUUAGUUUUGCAAAUGGAUAGAAACUGAAAAAGAAGCUGAGUGGACAUGAGUAGUGGACAGACGUGGAGCAGAAUUCAACAUCACAUACAUUCAAGACUGAAAGAGUGUGUUUGUGAUGAAGAGCAGCAACAAAAAAACAGAAAGGAGGAGGAGGAGGAGGAAAGGGGAGGGGGGAUGUUUCCUCCCCAGGCGAGGGGGGGGGGUCUUGCAAGACUCUGUCAAAGAGAAAGCACUGCUCAGCCCCUGUUGAUGUGAAGGACGUGAUGAACCCAACAUUACUCCGAUCCUCCCCGAAGUCCACGUGGACCCAGCUUCACAGAGACUCAUGAAGACACUUAAUGACUAGUACGUCACUAAAGUCUGUGCACACGCCCACCACGAGCACUGCAUUAGCAACGCAUGUCCACCAGACGGCGCCGUUUCAGCAGCAGCGACGCCAUGGAAGCCAGUGGGCGCGUGCACUACUCUGUCCAGGUUUCACCCAUUCCCACCGAUCAUGGGCGACUUAAUCACUGAUCUGGUUUCAGUUUUAACCGCAGAAUCAACGGUAGCACCACCAUAAUGAUGCUACUUGAGAAAAUGACAGUAGUACCAUUUAUGCUGAUUUUUUUUUUUUUUUUUUUUUUUUUUUUUUUAAUGAUAACAGAGAAGGAUGUUUAAAAAAAAAAGUGCACAAAACUGGUGAUUUUAAUGAGCUGUCUGGAAAAGUAGUGAUUUUAAUUGAUUAUCAGAUUUAAACAUGCUGAAAAUUAAUCCAAAUCAUCUUAAAACAAAACAAAAAAAAACGGGAAAAAAAAGUUGUUUCUCUGCUUGUUCAUUUCUUUGUCAUUUGUUAAUUUUAUUUUACUUGUUUUUUUUUUUUUCCUCUUAGAUACCACAGUAUUGUUUCUUAGGCACCACAGUGCUAAAUUGUUAAUAUAAUUAUUUUAGAGAAGGACCAAAAUUGUAUGAUAUUGUCAUAUGAUGUACAAAAUAACGUAGAUGUUCAUAGCAAGAGUGGUAUGUGCCAAAUAACCCAUAGAAAAUGUUUUGUUCUCUGACAAUCAUUUCAUUUCCGAGGGGCUUGCAUUCGCUGUCGUAGUUUUGUUCUCAUUACACUCUUAUGUAUUUGAUUUCAGAAGUGUGUGUAUGUAUUUAUUUUUUGGUUGUUUUGUCACGACACGGGGAAUGGAAAUGUCACAAAAAAGGUCAUUUUUAUCCCCCGUUUUUGUUGCUGAAGGAACCGAACGCGUAUCAGGACACGAGAAGGAUUCAGAAUCUCUGGUUUUGAAGCGUUAGCGUGCCAAAACAGAAAGCACCCAUUCGAGUAAUUGUUCUUAUUUAUAGUUCGAGUUAACUGUAGCUAGCGUUAGAUCCUAUUUGGCAUCGUAAUGUCCUCCAGUGUUUAGUUGUUUGGUUUCAGUUGGACUUAUUUUACCCAGUAUGCUAAAAUGUUUGUUGAAAUUGGCCGAAGUAUUAUGGGGGCAGAUUUGGAAAAAAGAAAACAACAAAAAAAAC